UUUAAGAGAGCCUGGGCCCUAAAGGGAUUAUAGAACGCACGGGACAGAUAGGAGCGGUGGCUUGGGGUUUGAAGGAGCUGAGCGGCGCGAGGAAGAGCGAGCGAGCGGAGCGGAGCGGAGUGAGAGAGCGAGUUAGGGUUUUGUUAAUCGGAAUCACGAAGGAAGAAUCGUCGUGUGUGAGCGAUUCAUUUAUAGAGAGAGGUGUGGUGAGAUCGCGAGAGCGAGUUGAGUGUAUAUCCAACGAUUUCCACUCUCCGCUAAUCAAUUUAUCAGAGAAGUCUUCGAUACCAUGUCGGAGAGGAAGCUCGUGGUUUUAGGCAUCCCAUGGGACGUGGAUACAGAAGGUUUAAGAGAAUAUAUGAUCAAAUACGGAGACUUGGAGGACUGUAUUGUGAUGAAGGAACGUGCUACUGGUCGUUCUCGUGGAUUUGGCUAUGUCACAUUUGCUACAGUUGAGGAUGCUAAGAAUGCAUUGUCUAAGGAACACUUUCUUGGAAACAGAAUGCUAGAAGUGAAAGUGGCGACACCAAAGGAGGAGAUGAGGGCUCCUGCAAAGAAAGUGACCCGGAUUUUCGUUGCUAGGAUUCCUCCGUCUGUGUCUGAAGCUACUUUCAGAGGUUAUUUUGAGAAGUUUGGUGAAAUAACAGAUCUAUACAUGCCAAAGGAUCCAUCUACCAAGGGACAUCGUGGAAUUGGGUUUAUUACUUUUGCAAAUGCUGAAUCAGUUGAUGAUCUGAUGAGUGACACGCACGAACUGGGAGGUUCCACAAUUGUGGUUGACCGAGCAACACCCAAGGCAAAAGAUUUCAGACCUGUUAGUCGGAUGUCUCAGGGUGGAGGAUAUGGUGCAUAUAAUGCAUAUAUUAGUGCAACCACUAGAUAUGCUGCGCUUGGUGCUCCAACCUUAUAUGAUCAUCCUAGUUCUAUGUAUGGAAGAGGAGGAGGAGGAGGUGGAGGAGGAUUUCCAUCUCGUGGCGGCAUGGGCCAGAAGAUCUUUGUUGGCCGACUACCUCAAGAGGCAACAACUGAAGAUCUUCGCCAGUAUUUUGGUAGAUUUGGCCGUGUUUUAGAUGUCUAUGUUCCAAAGGAUCCCAGAAGACCAGGGCACAGAGGGUUCGGUUUUGUUACAUUUGCUGACGAUGGUGUUGCGGAUCGUGUUUCUCGAAGGCCUCAUGAGAUAUGUGGACAUCAGGUUGCAAUUGAUUCUGCCACUCCCCUUGAUGAUGCUGGUCCAAGUAAUAAUUACAUGAUGGAUCCUCCUCCUCCUGCUCCUGAAGCAUAUGGGGGAUACGGUGGUCCUAUGCGUUCCUAUGGCAGGAUGUAUGGGGGCCUAGAUUAUGAUGAUUGGGGUUACGGCCUGGGUGGGGGAAGACCUUCAAGAGCAGAUAUGAGAUACAGGCCCUACUAGUUGGCCUGGGUGGAAGGAGACCUUCAAGAGCAGAUUUGAUAUAAACGCCCUAGUAGCUAUGUUGCAGGAAAUCAGAAUCUGUCUGAAUUUCUAAUGGGUGAUGACAUAGAUAUGUUAUAUUUGUCUCUGCACUGAUAUUUCUUUAAUUUAACUGAAGGAGCAGUGCUGAUGGAUUGUUCAAUUCACUUCAUGUGUAAUCCUUUGUAUUGAAGUAUCAAAGAAACAAAGAACGAGUGUAUUUUCAUAUCCCUUAGUAUAAACGUAGUAGUUAAGCAACAUAAUCAAUUGGGUAAUGUUUUAUAUUUGCUUGGCUGA